AUGGGUAGCGAAACAGAUCCUCUCGUAGGAUCACAUGGCCCAACUGAUUCUGAUUCUGACCUUAUAAAUGAGAUUUACCAAAGUCCUGAGAUUUCCGAAAGUUCCAAGACCCCCGGCGUGGGCACUGGAUUCUUUCUUGUUGCGAUGCUGGGGGCAUUUAUUGCAUAUGCAGACGACUCUUUCAUGAUAUCAACACAUGGAGAGAUAGCAUCACAAUUUGGUCAAUUAUCAUUAGGCCCAUGGCUUAUAGCGGCAUACAACGUGGGAUAUGUGGUUACGCUCCCAAUGUAUGGGAGAAUUUGCGACAUUCAUGGCUAUAAGAGGCCGCUUUUAUCGGCAUAUGCAGUGUUCGCACUGGGAUGCUUGAUCGCUGGUACAGCAGACUCGAUUUGGAUGGUUUUCGCAGGACGAUUUCUAUCUGGUGCUGGGGGAGCCGGCAUGGUGGACUUGAUAAGUGUCAUUUUAAAUGACAUAGAGACUCUCAGAGAAGUACAGAUUCUGAGAAGCUAUUUGGGGAUGGUUACAACGGCUGGAGUCAGUGCUGGUGGGCCGCUAGGUGGACUUAUCGUUGAUAAGUUAAGCUGGAGAUGGUCAUUCCUUAUUCAAAUACCUUUUGGGCUCCUUUGCUUUGGUUCCACUUUUUGGGCCUUUUGUCCGGGCUCACGCCUGCAAGAGCUAGAAGAGAACGAGGGAUCAAAAUCUUAUUCACGACGAAGAAUAAACAUUACAGGCAUGUCCCUAUUGACCGCCACGCUGGGUGGUAUACUGGCACUCUAUCAAAUUCUCGGUGAUGAUAUCUCCGCAAAGGUUGUCGCAAUGUUCAUAUCAACAAUUACCCUCGCCACUCUUUUUGGAAUGAAUGAAAAGUUCUUAACAAGUGAUCCACUCAUCCCGUUGCGACUUUUCAAGUCAAAUGGGAUUGGUGUCGUAUAUCUUAUCCAGUUCUUGAUUCAUUUUGCCUUCUAUGGGGUAUGUCACUCCCAGGCCUCUUUACAUCUUCAAGUUCCAUAG